AUGAAUCAACCAAAUGCUGUUUCUGUGUUUGGUUUGAUUGAUACGAUAUUUUCAAGAACUAUCGAAUAUUGUUUAAUACCAAAUGGAUAUUAUGAAGAAAUUGGUGAAUAUGUUAUUACAAUUCUCUUCGCUGCUAUCGGAUUAUUUGUCACAUUUCAAUAUUCUGAAAUAGGUUUACGAGUGUUUCAAAAUCAAAAUAAAACAAUUUAA